GCGUGUUACUUUUAAGUUAUCAUUUUUAGAUUUAAACCUGCAGAUGAGUGAUUAGACCUUUGCCAGCUUCGGCCCAGGCACUGGUUACACAUUUACUUUGAUCUUUCGCAUUGAACUUGUGGUCGCCCUUGGGAGACCACAUGGGUAGCGGAACCGGCUGAAAGCAGUUCCCAGGCCCCAUCCCGGGAGCAAGAUGAUGUUGGCGUCACCGCGUUCCGGGCCGCGGCUGGACCGUCAGAGGGAUUCAUGGUGGCAGGGUUCCGUAAGAAUAAAACAAAAACAGGAAAACAGAAAACUUUACAUUGCGAUAGAAAUAUAAGGAACCUCUCAUAGCAUUAACUACAGUGUGAUGGAAGGAAAAGAGAACUUUGGGAAAGACAAGGAAAGAUUGGAAGAAUGUCUGAGUGACAGAGGACAGUGCGAGCAGUUCUGUGACUCCAACACAUUCAGCUAUUUGGUACUGGAAACUGAGAUUGCUGCGUGGUUGAAAAAAAUAUUUGGAGAUCAUCCCAUUCCACAAUAUGAGGUGAAUCCGCGGACAACGGAGAUUUUACAUCACCUUUCAGAACGCAACAGGGUCCGGGACAGGGAUGUCUGCCUGGUAAUAGAUGACUUGAAACAGAAAGCAAGGGAAUAUGAAUCAGAAGCCAAGCAUCUUCAAGACCUUCUAAUGGAGAGUGUGAAUUUUUCCCCUGCCAACCUCUCUAGCACUGGUUCCAGGUAUCUGAACACUUUGGUUGACAGUGCAGUGGCCCUUGAAACAAAGGAUACCUCACUAGCUAGUUUUAUCCCUGCAGUGAAUGACUUGACCUCUGAUCUUUUUCGUACCAAAUCCAAAAAUGAAGAAAUCAAGCUUGAAUUGACAAAACUCGAGAAAAAUCUAACUGCAACUUUAGUAUUAGAAAAAUGUCUACGAGAGGAUCUCAAGAAGGCAGAGUUGCAUUUGUCUACGGAACGGGCCAAAGUUGACAGUCGUCUUCAGAACAUGCAUUUCCUCAAAGCCAAGUCAGAAGAGUUCAGAUUUGGAAUCAGAGCUACAGAGGAGCAGCUUAAAGCCAGAGGAAUGGACGCUUCUCUGUCUCAUCAGUCACUGGUCGCCCUUUCAGAGAAAUUGGCAGAACUAAAACAACAGACUAUACCUUUGAAGAAAAAAUUGGAGUCCUAUUUAGAUUUAAUGCCGAAUCCAUCUCUUGCUCAGGUGAAAAUUGAAGAAGCAAAGCGAGAAUUAGAUACCAUUGAAGCGGAACUUACAAAGAAAGUAAAUAUGAUGGAACUGUGACCAGAGCCAAGUAAAUUUCAUCUUUCUUAACAAAGUCAAUUGAAUAGGACUUUAAAGAAUUGUUUCCUCAUGCCAUUCCUUAGUAAUCCAAUUUCUAUGUUCUUCGAGGAGAUAAUAAUAUCAUUAUUGACAAAAUAGUGGUUUCUGGUUGUAUAUUGCAUUUUUAUGCCCAGAUUCAUAGUUUUCAUAUUAAAAAAAAUUGUUUUUUCUA